AUGGCUCCGCUGGCUCGGAAUGUCUUGGUGACUGGAUGCAAUCGGGGUAUUGGGCUGGAGCUGGUCAGGCAGCUAGUGGAGAGUCCAGACCCCCCAGAACACAUCUUUGCAACCUACCGAGACCUGGAAGGACCAAGAGGAAAGGCCCUGCAGGAACUGGCUGCCAAGUACCCCCCUGUGAGGCCGAUUCAGCUAGAUGCGGUGAGCUUGGCCAGCGUGAGAGCAGCAGUGAAGGAGGUGGAGUCCCAGUUGAACGGCAAGGGCCUGAACCUGCUCAUUAAUAAUGCAGCAGUCAACUCCCACGCCACGCUGCAGUCAGUGCAGCCGGAGGAGAUGAUCUCCGUGUUCACUACCAAUGUGGUCGGGCCGAUCCAGGUGGCCAAGUUUCUGCCCCUGCUGAAGAGGGCAGCUGAGGAAGCCGGAAAGGAGGGGCUGAGCUGCAGCAAGGCAGCAAUUAUCAACAUGUCCACUAAUGUGGGCUCCAUCGAGCUGUGCUUCAAAGUCCUGGAGAUCCCCAUGUACCCGUACCGUGCCAGCAAGGAGGCGGCGCAGAGAGGAGGAGGAGGAGGCAGAGGUGGGGACAAGCUGAGGAGGAGCGGACCGUCCGGGCGCCAUGUUCCCCCAUCCUCUGCAGCUGGAGCAGGGCCGCGCUACCGGCUCCCGCCUGGGGGGUGGGCGCUGACCACGGGAGAGCGGCGCGAAGAAGCCGAGGAGCGGCCCGUCCUCUGA